AUGGGGGAAGGACAAAAUCAAGGAUCUAGAAAAUCAGAUGUGAAUCAAAAUAUAAAAAUAUCGAUUCUAGAAAAUGAUAAAUCAAUAAAUAAUGAAUUAAAUGAAAGCUAUAAUAACAUGGAUAAAUUAAAAGAAAUGUCAAGUCAAGAAUUCGAACAAUUAUUAAAUAGUGAUGAUUAUUGUAAAAAUUUAAUUGAAAAUCAAAAUAAUAGAAAAAGUGAAAUUAAAAAAAGAGAUAGAACAUCAGUUUAUUCUAAAAUUAGUUUAUUAAAUGAUGAUUAUUUUUUAAGAGAUGAUUUGAAUAUAAAUAUAAAUGAUGAUAAUAAAAAAAAUAGAAUAAGUGGAAAUAAUCAUGGUAGGCAUUCUUCAAUUUUUAAUUUAAGUGUUACUGAAGGAAAUACAAAAAAUUUAUCAAACACAUUUGAUCAUAAUGACAAGUUUAACGGUUCUUUAUCACAAAGCGAGUUUCAAUAUGAUAGUGAUUUAAUAACCCCAUCUCCUUCUAAAGAUAAAAUUAAUGAAGAAGAAAAUUAUAAUAUAAAAAAUGUGAAAUUUUCUGAACGUUCAGAAAAAAUGAAUCAAUCUAUUGAUAUUUUAGAUGCACAAUUUAAUAAUUUGAAAAAUAAUUUUUUUUUAAAUGAUGAUAAAAAUAAUGAAAUUGAAUGUGAAAAAAAUAAUUGUAUAGAAGAAGAAGAAAAUGAAUAUUAUUUAGGAGAGUAUGCAAGUGAUUCUGAAUAUUUAAGACGAUGUUCUAGAAGUAAAAAAAAUAGUUUAGAAUUAUUAAUGAAUUAUGGUAAUGAUGAUUCACUAAAUAAUAGUAAGACAUCUAAUAAUAGUUUUAGUUUAUGGGAAAAUAAAAUAAACUCUACAAGGCAAAUAAAAAUAAAUAAUGAAACGCCAAAAAAAGGAAUAUUGAAACAAAGCAAUUCCAUAAGUCCGCUAAAGGAAUUAAAAGAUAAUCAAAAUAACCAAAAUAAUCAAAAUAGCCAAAAUAAUAUUAACACAUUUAGUGCCCGAAAAAAGUCGGUACAAUUUUCUCAUAGAUCUAUAGCUGUGUUUGAUGAUAAAGAAAAAAUAUCUCCUUUACAUCUAACACAUUUUACAAGAAUUUCUAGUGAUUCUAAUAUAUCAGAUGCAAAAAGAAAAAGUAUGUCAAAUUCUUCAUUAGGAGAUCAAAACAAUUUAAAUCAAAAUAAUAAUUUUUUAAAAGAUAAUGACAAAUCACCAAUUGACAAACUUUUAUAUAAAUAUGAUAUAAAUACUAGUAUAACUGCAUCUAAUAAUAAUAAUAAAAAAAGAAGAAGUAAUAUUGAAUUUUUAAAUAACAGUGAUAUUAAUUCUAUUCGAUCAAUAUCUCCUGAAUCUGCUCGAUUCAAAACUAAAACUUCCGAGGAUAUGAUUGAAUCAGUAAGAUUGUCUCCUUUAAAAAAAAAAAUAAAAGAACAUUAUUUAAAUGAUAAGAUUCAAAAUGAUGAUGAAGAAUUUUUAAGAAAAUUGUUAAGUACGAGUGAUGGCAAUGCAGAAAAUUACAAGACCAAUUUGGGUUCUGCACACGAUGAAAAGGGUGGAAAAAAUGGCGAAAAAAAUGGCGAAAAAAAUGGCGAAAAAGAUGACGAAAAAGAUGACGAAAAAAAUGACGGAAUAGAUGACGAAGAUAAUAGUUCCUUUAAAGAUGCACUAGAACCCACUGAUGAAAACGAGUUUGAUAUUAAAAAUUCAUAUAAAAGUGAAGGAGAUAAAAUAAUAGAAUAUGGAGAGAAUGAAAAUUUCAUUGUAGAAAAUUCAGUAAAAAAAAAUCCCAAUUUUGAAAUAAAUAAUAUAAAUUUAAAUGUAGAUUGGAAAAUAAGAAGUGACAGAAAAACCAUAAAUAUUGUCGAAAGGAAUAAAAGAUACAACAAUGAUUCUAUUUCAGAAGCAGAAAAUAAUAUUAGAAAUAAAAGAUAUAGAGCUAGCUAUAAUGUUAGAAAUAACAAUUUUGCGAGUACCAAUCUGCAUGGCAGCUUAAAAAAUGCAAGCUUAAAAAAUGAAAUUCCUUUUCAAUCUUCUAAUAAAAUUCAAAAUUGUGAUUAUGAUAUGCAUCAUCAAACUGGAAAAACGAAUGCCAAUGAAUCUGGAAAUGUGGAAAAUGGGGAGAAUGAAAAAUAUGAAAAAUAUGAACAAAAUGAAAAAAAUGAAAAAUAUGAAAAAUAUGAACAAAAUGAAAAAUAUGAAAAAUAUGAACAAAAUGAAAAAUAUGAAUAUGAAGGUGGCGAAAAUGAACAAAAUGAAUAUGAAGGUGGCGAAAAUGAACAAAAUGAAUAUGAAGGAGGAGAUGAUGAGAAAAUGUUCUAUUCGCUCAAUCGAGAACAAAUCGAAUGCGCCGAAAAGGAAAAUGAAUAUGAUGACAAAAAUGGAAAUUAUGAACAGAAUGGCGAGUAUGACAAAAAUGGAAAUUAUGAACAGAAUGGCAAUUAUGAGCAGAAUGGCAAUUAUGAACAGAAUGGCAAUUAUGAGCAGAAUGGCGAAUACGAACAGAAUGGCGAAUACGAACAGAAUGGCGAAUACGAACAGAAUGGCGAAAGCGAGUGGGUAAGAAACGUGAACCCAAAUAUGAAAGAUGCAGAAAAUGUAGAAAAUGUAGAAAAUGAGGAAAAUGAACAAAACGAACCGAAUGCGGAAAAGAGGAAUGAUGUAAAUUUUGAAGAAAUAGAAAAAAGACAAAAUGAGGAAAAUAUUAUUUUAAAAAAAAAAUUAGGAGAAAAUUUAAAAAAAAAACAAGAAAUGAUAAAAGAAACAACAUUAAAUAUUAUACGUCGUUGUAGAGUAUAUUCAUUAAAACAAGUUAGUAAUGAAAAAAAAAAUCUUCCAAAAUUAAUUAAAUUAUAUGAACAUAUAAGAAAUAUAAUAUUCCAAUUUAUAAAUAAAAUUAACACUUUAAAUAAUAUAAGUAUAUAUUUAGAUGAUGCAAUCUUAAAGUAUGAAGUUAUUCAAUUAAAUCAUGGUAAAACAAAAAAAGCUAUAGAUGCAUUAAAAAAAUAUAAUUCAAAACUUAUGAUAAAAAUUAAUGAAAAAAAAAAUAUAUUAGAUAAACAAACUAGUGUGUUAGAUAAUAAAAAUAAAAAAUUAGAAGAGUUAAACAAAAAAUUAAAUAAUUUAAAAACAUUAUAUGAUAAUGGUUCUACAAGAAAACACGAAAUUGAACUAAUAAAAAUGUAUAAAAAUAAAUUAGAAGAAUUAAAAAAAAUAGAAAUUAUUAAAGGGGUUAUAAUAAAAACUUUUAAUAAAUAUGGAAUCAUUUUUGAAUUAUUAAAUUUUAGUUAUUACAAAUUUUCAUCAUUAUAUGAUUAUAAUGAAACACAAAUGAAUUUUUUGUUCUCUAAAGAAAUAUUAGACAUAUCAAUAGGAGAUAAUAAUGAAAAUAAAAUAGAUGAUAAUACAAACAAUAUAUUAUCUAUACAAAAUAGAGAAGACAAAAAAGAUACAGUUUUGAAAAAUAAGAAUGGAGAUUGUUUAAUAGAUAUUGGAAUAAAUGAAAAAAAAAAAAGUUCAAAUAACGAUCGAAAUAAUGAUGUGGAUAUAAAAAAAGAAAAUUUUGAAUGUGAAAAAUAUACUUGUGAUAUAUAUGAACUAUAUCAAAAAGAAUAUAAAUUAAGAUAUUUACUUAAAAACGAAAAUAAAAAAAAAGCAAUUUUUAUUAAUAAAAUAGAAGAACAAGAUUUAAACAAUGAAUGGCCUUAUAAUAUUACGAUAGAUAUAAUUUUUGCAAAUAUUCAAAAACCUAAUGAAGAAAUAGAAAAUAUGAUGAAUGUACAUUCACCUCUAAAAAUAAAAAAUUUAAAACAUUUAGUUUCUAAUAAAAUGCAUUUACAUGAUUCACAUAAUGAAAAAAAUAAUAUAAUUGUAGAUAAUAAUAAUGUUGAUAAUAAUAAAUAUUUAAGUUUGUUUAGACCAUAUAAAAUUUUGGUAAAUUCUUUUAAAGCUUUUAAAGAAAUAAAAAUAACCACAUAUUAUAAGUAUAUAAAUAAUACAAAUAUUUAUCAUCAUAUCUGGAAUAAGACACAUAACAAUGAUAGAUACACAAUAAAUAUAAACACAGUAAAUAAUGAUAAUAAAAUGAACAAUGUGAAUAAUACAAAAAAUGAUUUUUUUUCUGAUUUAAAAAAUAAUAUUGAAAAUUAUUCACAUAAUUAUGAUAAUAAAUUUAUUGGAACUGAAUGGAAAGUCCAAUUAGAAAUUUUGAAAUAUAAAUUAUUGGAAAUAAUAAAUAAAAAAAUUCAAAAAUAUACAAAUGAUAGUCGAGGAUUAUGUUCUAUAAAUAACACAUCUAACAAUAUGAAUAAUCAAAAUAUUUUAGGAAAUAAUUCACUUAAUUUUAAACCAAAUAAAGAAGCUUUGAAAUAUCUUGUUGAAGAGACUGAAUAUUGUUUUUUUAUUAUUAAUCAUUUAUUGUAUCAAUAUAAGAAACUUUUGCAAUGUUUUAUUUAUCUCUCCAAUACAUAUUUUGACUAUUAUCAACACAUUGUUAUUUUCAAAACAAUUUUGCUAUCUAACCACCCCGACACACCACCUCUUUGGCUCUACAUACACAUAAAUGUCGAGGAGUGCUUUUCGUUCGCAUCUUUGUUACAUGGGAUUGUUGAAAUAAAGGUAGAAAGCGUACAUGAUGAAGAUAAAUAUAAUGAAGUUUGUAAAAUAAUUAAUAAUAACAUAAUGAAAAAAUUGGAGCAAUGUAUUUUUGCUUUAAAAUCAAAACCGAUAGACAUAUCGGAGAGAGUCAAUUCAUACAACUUAGUUGACAUUAUAUACACGAUCGUACUAAAUGAAAACUACAACUUUCACACAUAUCAAAAUAGUUUAGAAGAAAAUUUGAAAAAUAUUGGAGCAUGCACCAAUUUAAUAAAUGAGAUGAAAAAUAAAAAUAUAAUAGUUCCAAUUGAUUUUAAAAGAAUCGAAGAAAAAAUUUCUGAAUAA